CGCAGUACAAAUCGCGCGUUCGGCGCCCACUUAUCGCAGCGUGCGCGAGCCUCAGCGCUUUGCGUCGUUCAUUCAUCCCGCUGAAGGCUGCUCACACUUUCUUGUUAUUCGUCUCCCCUCCUCCGUCCUCUGUCUCCCCCCCGCCCCCUCCCCCCCCCCCCCCCCCCCCCCCCCCCCCCCCCAACGCCGGGAUAGCUCACUUUGUCUUUUUUUUUUUCUCUUGGUCGGGUGGACGGGGGAUGAUAUCAACAGCUACGUCUCUUCUUUCCUCCGCGACACCGUGGACUCGAGCGGAGGGAUCCCGGGACGCGCGCACCACGACGGAGAGCCGCGGGAGCGUUGCUAAGGACGCUGCAGCCCCGCGGGACUCGCGUGAAGUUCUGCUGCCGGUUUCUCGGCUCCGCGGCGUUGGAGGAUCACGGACGUUGGUCGGAUGGUUGUCGGAGAGGAGUCGCUGCCUCUGCGCCAGAUGAAGAUGAAGUCCGCGGGCGUCGUGGACGGAGGCUUGUUCACAGAGAGCUAUUGUAACAUCUGCAAUGCCCAGCUCAUCUCCGAGUCCCAGCGCACCGCUCACUAUGAGAGUAAGAAACAUGCCAACAAAGUGCGUCUCUUCUACAUGCUUCACCCUGAAGACGGAGGACCACCUUCCAAAAGACUGCGGCCAGAUAACCCAGACUGCGCGGAGACAGAGGUGGACAGGAACAAGUGCUGCACCUUGUGUAAUAUGUUCUUCACCUCCGCCAUCGUGGCCCAGUCGCACUACCAGGGCAAAACCCACGCCAAGAGAGUCCGCCUGGUGCUGGGGGAGCCGCCUCGCACGCCCACAGCCACGACCAGCCCGAGCAACACAGACUCCUCCCCUUCCACCCCGCUGCCCGCAGACCCCGCCGCCUGCCCUCCUCCCACCCCGGACCGGGCUUGGCCCCUGGCGGUGGUCGGCGGAAACGGCGGAAGAGAGGCUGGGAAAUACUGCUGCCUGUGCGGAGCCUGGUUCAACAACCCUCUGAUGGCCCAGCAGCACUACGAGGGCAAGAAACACCGCAGGAACGCCGCCAGAGCGCGACUCCUGGAGCAGCUGGCGGGCAGUCUGGAUGCCACGGAGAGCACAGGGCUGCGAAGCAGUUACUCUUGCAGUGUCUGCAGUGUGGUCCUCAACUCCAUUGAGCAGUACCAUGCACACCUCCAGGGCUCCAAGCACCAGAACAACCUGAAGCAGCACCAGCAGUGAGCCACGGAGACAGGCCGCCCGGGAAAGAAAAGAUGAUUGCUGGAAUAAACAACUACAGAAAAGAAAAUGACUCGUCAGAAACAGAAAAGUAUGAGAAAGUCUAGCAGAGUAACUUCAGUGUGUACGUGCAUCUGUUUGUGUGCGUGAGUGUGUGUGUGUGUGUGUGUGUGAGUGUGUGUGUGUGUGUGUGUGUGUGUGUCAUGGGCUUCCAUGCAAGCAUCUGCAGUAUGCAUGUGUGGCUCAUCGUGAGUGUGUUUUUAUUUCUAGCUUUGAUCUAAAACGAUAUCUCUGAGAUUUAUUCAGCACCGAAGUGUUAAGUGAUGAGUUCUCGACAGCCGUGCGAAGCCGGCUGCAUGUUGCCAUAAAACUUCAGUGUGAACCACAAUCUGAAAACUGUACUGAUGUCAGUGUCGCCCAGAGCGGUAAUAAUCGUUAUAAUGAUAGUCAAAGAGCAGCUGUGACAAUACAACAAUUGUUACUAGCCGUCCCCCAAGUGCUCGGACGGUGAUCCAAAUGGUGUGUUUCUACGUGCUUUUCAUUUCCUCUGACACGGAUCCCUUUCAGACCACUUGAGACUUACUCAGGUCCCAGACCUUUAAAUCCAUGGAGAAGAAAACUUCCCAACGACCUCAACCACCAUUACAAAUUGCAUAAAUUUCCAACUUUAGAAAUCAUUUCUCGGUUUGACUCUCGUGUUGUCUGUGCAUGCGGUGGACCUGCAUCAAAUUUUUUUUUUCUCCAGCCGGUGGACGUGUCAUGUGUCAUCUUUUUGUGUGCUCCUUUUAAUGAAAACCACAAGACGUGGCAUGGUUACAUGGUUACAGUACGGACGGCAGCGGAGGAAAGACAGGCAGCACAAAUACUUUUAAACCGAGGUCAGGGUCUGUGCAACAUCUACCAUUGAAAACAUUCCCAUAGCACUUAAUAUUGAUGUCAGAUGCAGUCAGAAGGUGCCAAAAGCUCUUGUCUCUGUUGAGUUGGGCGACCUGUAGAUAACUUUUUUUAUUCUAUGGACAGAGAAAAAAAGACAGAAUCACUCCCUGACCAUGUAGCAGCCAGCGUGCAAUACAACUGGGAUGCAAUUCAAUGCAUGCACAAUGUGAAACGUUGCAUUCACAUGCCUUUUUGAAACAUAUUGCUUGCGCAUUCUGGCAAUAGCGCUGCUUUCUAGCGAUAGCUUCGUCUGCAUUACCGCACAUGCUUGCGCCUGGGCGGAAAGGUCACCUGUUCGUGGUGCAAUUAAAUUAUAAAAAAAUGUAAACCUUUUAAUAUCUGCAAAUGAGACCAGCUGUUGUGUCGCCACUCAUUUGUGUGUAUUUUGAGUGUCCGUAAAGUGAGUUUCAACAAUAGUCUGCGGCAUCAUACGUUGAGGCAACAGACGAGACGCCGCACCUUCACUUUCACUGAGCGGCAUUUCUCUGUAGGCUGAGCUGAGGAUGCUAAGCUAUCAGCUGUUUGCUUUUUGUCCCUGUAAACACAUUCAGAUGUUGUUGUUUUUUAUUAUUAUUUUGCAUUUCAUGGUGAGGAGACUUAAUUGUGAGUGACCUGAUUAAAAUAGUUUUUUCUUCUGCAGACGUUUGGAUGAAUACUGGUUUUAUGCAAUCACACUGUAAUAUUAAUAACCAUACAAUGAGGGUUUAAAGUUAAAUCAUUUAACGAAGCAUAAAAAAGCAGUGUAUGUAAAUAUAAAGUAGCUGCAGGUGAAAUCUAUGUUUUACGUUUUGUAUUAAUAUUGUUCACCUGAACUGUUACUGAAUUACAGGAAAAUAAGGGGAAAGGGUUUCCUAUGGAUGUUAAUGGAAAACACUGGAUAUGCUGGAUAUUAAACAAGAAUGAACUGUCUUUUGGUGGGUCAUGUUUCUGAAUUGUUUGAAAAUAAGAAUUGGUGAUGAUGGACAAAAAUCCAGCGCGUGGAAGACGGCAAGUGAUCAUAAAGAGAUUCUGAUAGAAGGCGCUUUCAUGAGGCCACAAGGAUCAUCUCCCGGAGAAAACAUCUGAUAGGUGAUCGCAAGUGGAUUCGUAAAACAGCGGAAGAGGACAUUGCUGGACUUCAGACUGUUGGAUUUUAACAUGCGUUUGAAAUAACCAACCUCUUUGUCGAGGAUAAUGCCGUAAGAAAAACACAAAACAGGAGGUCGUUUGGCUCGCUUGAUGUGCUGUUUUGCACAGUCUGCGCAGAAGUUGUUACAAUAUAUAUAUAUAUGACAGAGAUGUAUCUACGAGGUAGGAUAUUGUGAUAUGAUAUGAUGAGUUUGUGUAUGUAAAGCUGUCACAAGUUGUGUACCUCGAGCACAUUUGUAAACACACCUGAGGAUGAAUACAAUGAAGAUGACAACUAUAUCUAUUUUCUCUUGCAAAAAUCCAGAGCUGUGUUUUUGUUUUUCUGUGCACCACUGUGCAGAUGUGUGAAGUUUGCUUUGACUGGCAGCAAUAGUCUGCUCCCACACGUGCACAACCUUAACUGUAAUGGAGACACAAGUGGUUAUGAAACAUAGCAAUUAUCGUGUCUCUACAACUAAAAUACGACACCUAGACCAAUGGUGCAUUAACAUAUGAGAUGCAGAAUUUAAGUAAUAGAACGGCAAACAUACCAGUCAAAUGUGGACAUCUUCCAGGUGUAAAAUCGCAAAACCCACGUUACUAAAGUUAAAACUGUGUUAUGGUUUUGCCACCACCACAGAGGAUUUAAAAUAUCCGGCUGAUUGAUGAAUAAAUCUUUUAGUAUGAAAUGAGAGUGUAGGAUAUUGAUGGAAACAGGUGAUUUGUGCAGGCUGUGUGAUAUUUACAACAAACCAGAGGUAAUAUUUCGGUAACAAAAGAGGGAAAAUGAAACACCGAAAUUUAGUUCUCAGUACUGCAUGAAAACAAACAUCAAACCAUCACUUUAACCACUUUGGAUUGCUGACACCUGUAUGCAGGGGAGCAGUGGAUGAAAAUAUUGAGUUUACAGAGUUUUCUCACUCGAAGACGCAGCUCAGUUUCUUUGUUGCUCCAGAAGAGAAACACUAUAAUUAUGCAACAGUGUCCCAGUUUCCUUUUGAGUGCUCCAGUUGGAAACCUUUAGGAAUUCGGCACUAAUCGACAGGUAGAUAAUGUUAACGACAAGCUCCGCCAGACAAAGCAGAGAAUCCAGACUGCAAGUGUUUAAGUAGAAGAGAAUCAGCUUCUAGACCCCGAAAAUGCUCAGACUGCGUUUUUUCUACGAGUACAAGAGGCGACUGAAGGUUAUACUCUUGACAGAGGCUCCAGUUGAGCAAACGAAUCACAAACUAUUGCACUCAAGAGUAACAUUGAAUCGCUGGUACGAACUGUUCAGGCUGGGGACAAGCAGAGCGGCAACUUACAGAAACCUUUUCUUUGGAAGCUUCAGUAUGUGAUAGUUUGGUGAGUGUUACAGUACAUUAGUUCAUGUUAAUAUUCCUUUGUUCUACCAGAAAGUUUAUUUGUAUUUUUUGACAUGUUUAUUUUUUUUACUAUAAAGAAGUGAAAAGC